AUGGUCGAAGAACGACACGGUAGAAAUGAACUCAGCCCACAGCAGAUUUAUAGUAUCAAACAAUCAGUUUUACUUCAUUUUUUUCUACUCUUCUUAUUUUUUUCUUUUUCUUUUUUCUCUCUUUUUUCCUUCCUUCAUUUAUUUUUUCAUUUUCUUCCUUCCAUUCAUCCAUUCUUCCUUCCUUCCUUUUUUUUUCUCUUGGUUCUUUUUUUCCAUUUUAUUGCUCUCCUUUCUUUCUUCUACCAUUCAUAUUAUUCCUUUCUUUCUUUUUGUUGUUUAUUUUCAUUAAUUUCCUUCCUAUUUCAAUUACUUCCUUAUCUUAUUUACACAUACAAUUCUUUCCUUCAUAUUUUGUUUCCUUUCUGUUAUAUUAAAAUUCAUACCUUCGCUAUCUUUCUUUUUUCCUUUAUUUUUCCUCUUUCUUUCUUUCUUUCUUUCUUUCUUUCCUUCCUUCUUUCCUUCCUUCCUUCUUUCUUUUAUGUCUUAAGUUAUUAUAUCAAUUCUUUUCUUCCUUUUCUUCUAAUAUUUCCUCGUUUCUUCCUUCUUUCCUGCCUUUAUUUUCUUUCUUUUCUUUCUUUCUUUCUUUCUUUCUUUCUUUCUUUCUUUCUUUCUUUCUUUCUUUCUUUCUUAGGAUUUCCUGUAUGCUGUUUGUAUGUUUUUCCUUUCUUUCUUUGUUCCUUUCUUUCUUUCAAUCUUUCUUUCUUUCUUUCUUUCUUUCUUUCUUUCUUUCUUUCUUUCUUUCUUUCUUUCUUUAUUUCUUUCUUUAUUUCUUUCUUAAAAUUCCCCUAUGUUUUUGUAUGUCUUCCUUCCUUCCUUCCUUCCUUCCUUCAUUCAUUCUAUUCUUUCCUCCUUCCUUCCCUCCUUCCUCUCUUCUGUUGCAUUAUGCACACAGUUCUUUCCGUCAUUCUUUUAAUUCCUUUCUUUCUGGCAGCUUCCAAUUCAUCUUUCUUUCUUUCUUUCUUUCUUUCUUAA